GCCUUGGAGGAUUUUGACGUUUACCACCACGUGUGCAAUCCGGUAUGCCGCGGACAACCUAUCCAAAUGACUUGCAAAAGAGCACGGCAAGUGAGAGAAAAAAUCAGAUUAAUUGCAAUUACGUGGGAGAUUAUAAAGGCGAGCGUUGUCAUGCUCUAAACAGUCACAAAGACAUCUGGUCACUCCCUCCUCAUGUGCAGAGCAGAGGAUGAGUUGGAGCAGGGGAGGUGAAAGCGGAACACUUUGUGAUUGACGUGAUUGCUCAGCCGAGGUUGAGACACCGGGAUCUCUCCAAAGCACUUCAACAGCGAGAUUGCACAACGGAUCAUCUUUAGAGUGAAACAUUCAAUAAUUGCUCCACUGGGUACGAGACGCAAAGCACCGGGAAACAGAUAUGUUUUACUUUCACUGUCCCCCACAGUUAGAGGGAGAAUGCUGCAGGACCAACACACUAAACACAAAUGGAUUUGGGAAUCACGCCUCUGGAGACUUCGAUGACGGUUUCCUGCGCAGAAAACAACGCAGAAACAGGACAACCUUCACCUUACAACAGCUGGAAGCCUUGGAGGCCGUUUUCGCACAGACCCACUAUCCAGACGUGUUUACAAGAGAAGAGCUGGCUAUGAAAAUAAACCUAACCGAGGCCCGUGUCCAGGUGUGGUUUCAAAAUCGAAGGGCAAAGUGGAGAAAGACAGAAAGAGGAACUUCAGACCAGGAGGGGAGCAAAGAACAAAUCAAUGAAGGCAACCCUUCUUCACGAAACCUCAGCCAGUCUCCUGUUGACCACAUCAGAAAUAAGAAAGAACCAAUGGACAUACAGCAAAAUAUAAACAGAGUGGUCGGUUCAGGUGGACCUUUUUUCCCAUCUUGUUUGCCGGGGACUCUGUUGAACACAGCUACUUAUGCACAAGCCUUGUCGCAGGUUGCGACUUUAAAAGGAAGCCCCUUGUGCUCCUGCUGUGUGCCUGACCCAAUGAGCCUCUCCUUCCUGCCACCAUAUGGAUGCCAGAGUAACCGGACAGCCAGUGUCGCAGCCCUGCGGAUGAAGGCCAGGGAACACUCCGAGGCAGUGCUGCAGUCGGCCAACCUGCUGGGGAUCGGGUCUACAACUGGGCCCGGGGUCGGGCUGGGCCAAAGCACUGUCGCUGCUGGAGGAAGUGAUCCCAGUCCAAACUCUGGUACCUCUAAGAUUACAUCACAGAGAAGAACUCCUGACAAGCACCUGCACUGCCAAAAGGAGGGCCUGGAAAAGAAAUAAAGGAGUUUGGGGUUUUUUUCCACCUGGAGGACACUCUGUGGAUAAAGGAUUUAUCAUUGAAUGCCUGCUGCCUAUUUUUUGAGCGCACUGAUAUACCGCGGACAUGACGGUGUUAGGUGCAAUCCAUUUUUGUGUAUUUGCGUGUAUGUGUUUUAAAUUAUUCAUGGUAAUUUAUCUUUCAUCCUGAACUUUUGUUUAUAAUUCUUGGCGACGGGUUAACUGACUAUAUGUGUGCAGGUGGAACUGUAAAGGUGCUCUAAACGUACCUGUGUGAAAAGUAAAUCUCCCUGGUUGCCAAUGUGAAUUGAUUUUAUUUUUCACAAUCCACUUUGAUGUUAUACUGACUUAUACUUUGACUUAUACUGCCUUGUGUACUGUGAAGUCAGGUGAUGGUAGACAUUGCAUUGUGUCAAGAUAUAUGCCAUGCUGAAAUAUAAAUGUACUAAUGUGAAAUAAUAUAUGUAAGAUAAUACCGAAGACAGAAACGUGGUUUGUCAUGUUUUAUGAUAUGAUCUGGGUAAUUCUCAUUCAUGCUGAUGAG